AUGUCGCCGGGUAGCACUACCGAGAUCGAAUCGGCAAUUUUUCCAGGGGGUGAAGAGGCUGUGGUUGUUGAGGGAUCUGACGAAGUAAAGGGCCACUCAGUUCCGCAUGAGUUUCCAGAAGGAGGUCUACGGGCCUGGCUGGUUGUCUUGGGAUGCUGGUGCAUAUUGUUCACAUCGUUCGGUUACGUGAAUUCCUUCGGGGUCUACGAAACAUAUUAUCUCAAGACGUUCUUGUCCGACCACUCACCAUCAGAUGUGGCCUGGAUCGGGGCUAUCCAGUCCUUUGCCCAGUUCUCAGCAGCGUUGGUCGCCGGUCCGCUGGCAGAUCGAUACGGAGCAAUGGUCAUUGUUAGGCCGUUUUCUCUACUCCUCGUUGUCGCCAUGAUGCUCACAAGCCUUUGCACAAAGCUCUACCAGUUCAUUCUCUGCCAGGGCAUCUUCAUCGGCAUCGCGUCUGGCCUCAUAUUCACUCCUUCAAUAUCCAUCAUAGGUCAUUAUUUCUUCAAAAGGCGACCCAUAGCCAUGGCUUUUGCCACUACUGGCUCUCCCAUUGGAGGAAUCAUCUAUCCGGUAGUCAUGACCAACCUGCUCCAAGACAACAGCAUCGGAUUCGCCUGGGGCCAGCGGGUCUGUGGCUUCUUGACUCUGUUUCUGCUGGCAAUUGCAGUCGUGACCAUUCGUCCGACGUCUCUGCGGAGGACUGGCGCGUUCAUUCUGCCAGAGGCAUUCAAGAUUCCCGCCUUCUCUCUCCAGGUUGCGGCAUUUUUCAUGGUCAUAUUGGGACUCUGGACCCCGUACUUUUACCUCGCCGACUACGGCACAUUACAUGGAAUGUCUCCCGGCCUUGCAUCCUACCUGUUCGCCUUGAUCAACGCGGGUUCUUUCUUGGGCCGAGUAUUUGCUGGUGCCGUUGCCAGGCGUCUCGGUCAGUUCAACGUCAUUACUGUGGCCUGCUACGCAUCUGGAAUCCUCAUGUUCUGCUGGCUCAAAAUCACCUCGACAGGAGGCCUCAUAGUAUUGUCCAUCUUGUUUGGCGCGACCAGCGGCAUCAUCAUUGCCCUCAUGUUCACCACCAUUGCUCACACGGCUGAUCACCCUAGCAAGAUUGGAACAUACCUGGGCAUGUCCACAUUUCUCAUCGGUUUUGGCGCUCUGGGUGGCACUCCGAUUACUGGUGCCCUCAUCGAUACGUAUGGCGGCUACUCUCAGGGCAUCAUCUUCAGUGGUGCUGUUCUUAUGGCCGGAGCUGUGCUCUUUACCGCAGCCCGAUUUGCCUUUUCGAAAGAUAAACUUGUCGUAUAG